GUCAGUGAUUUUGUUCUAGCGACGGACGGAGGUUAGUUUGGCAAUGUCCGUAUGACAAUUUAAACAUGUCUAAAGUGGAAAUGUUGAGAGCGGUGGUGAGUGAGCGUCUGACUGCGGCAGCUGUAGAGAUUUUUGGGCACUUUGAAAGGACAAUAGCGGAGUAUGAGGAGGAACUUCGUCGUUGCAGAGAGGACAACGAGCGACACCGGAAACUGCUGGACGCCGUGCUGAAGCCUGAAGUCCGGCUGCACAGAGCAGGUGUUCAACAGGACACAGAGCCCCCACGUGCUAAAGAGGAAGAGGAGCAACUCUGGAGCAGACAGGAAGGAGAGCAGCUUCAAGGACCUGUCCCUGUGAAGACGGACGACGUUAAGGAGGAAGCUCAGUCCUCACAUCUUCAUCACAGACAAAAUGAAGAAAACAGAGAGGCGGAGGCUCCAGCCGGGAGCUCACUUCAACAGAUUGAAACAGAGAGUGAUGAGGAGGACUGUGGAGGAUCAGAAGCAACCAAGAGCUUAGAUCCAGAUUCGAGGCCAGCUAAUGAUGAUGAGACUCCAGAGUCUGUGAAAUUAAAGGGGACGCAGACAGCUCGGGAUGACGGGACUUCAGACUGUUCUGGGCCUGAGACUGAAAACAGAGCUGAUGACUGGAAGGAGACAAGGAAACCUACGUCAGAUUUAAAAGCGCUGGCAAAAAAUGGGAUUCCUGCUCCUGGUAGAAAACACAGCAGUGACAAGAAGUCUUACAGCUGCUCUGAGUGUGGUAAAACAUUUGAAUUAAAGAAAUAUAGUCAGAAAAACAGAAAAAGUCUUCUAGAAGAUAAACCAUUGGUUUGCUCGUUGUGUGAUGAAAGAGCCACGCAGAGUGUGCUUUUUAUCACACAUAAGAGUACUCACUCAGGGGAGACAUCCUUCAAAUGUUCAGUCUGUAACAGACACUUUGGCCAUAAAGGAGAUGCUGUGAGACACAUCAGAACUCACACAGGAGAGAAACCGUUCAGCUGCUCGGUUUGUGGUAAGAGGUUCACCCAGAGCACAGCUGUGGGUUUACACAUGAGAACCCACACAGGAGAGAGGCCGUUCGGCUGCUCGCUCUGUCCGAAACGCUUCAGGCAGAGAGGAAUCCUGACCAGACACAUGAGAGUUCAUACGGGAGAAAAACCGUACAGCUGCUCCGUGUGUAGCACCACUUUUAGCCUGAGUCAGUCACUGUCAAAACACAUGAGGAUCCACACAGGAGAGAAACCGUUCAGCUGCUCAGUUUGUGAUAAAAAAUUCACCCAAAAGGGAAAUAUGACUCAGCACAUGACGCUCCACACCAGGGAGAAGUCAUUCAGCUGUCACCUGUGUGGUAAGACAUUCACCAGAAAGUUUUGUGUAAAGAGACAUAAAUGUGUCACUGAGAGCAGCGGCACUAAAUAAAACUGUAACUGAGAAACGUCUCAGUUUGAAUGUCUUAAUUUCCGCCCAAGAUGGAUGGACAUCUUUUUUUUUAAAAAAAGCACUCUUAAAUUAAAACAAACACAGAAUUUCUUACCCCUUACGUCUCUGUGACAUGAAAAAUCUUGCACUCUCAUGAUUUUGUGGAAACUUUUUCAUUUAUUUAUUAUUAUUUUCCACAUUUUUUAUUUGAAUCAACACUAUGGUUGAUGCAGGACUAACAUUAGGUUUGCUUUGUCUGCAACAACUGAAGGCGGCGUGUGGUUAAGCUCAGUUCACCCAUAUUUGUUUUCAUUUAUUCUCUUGCUGAGACAUUGUAGCUGUCAGUAUGAGAUGUGAGUCAGAUAAUAGGAAAAGCACUGUGGGUCAGAUGUAUAAAACUCCGUGUAGAUUUACUGCUAAAAUUAUACAUGCAAAGAUAAAAAUCUGCAAACACAUUCAGAUCUAUAUAUCAGAUUACAUAUACAUACAUAUCUAUAUUCUACAUAUCAGAUUUCCAAAGAUCACGUGCACGAUCCUCAUUUUCACUCCCACAGGAGGCUGUAAAUGUAAUGGAUGUAAAUGCCGUUAAACAUCUGUUUGCA